GGUUGAUGUCCACGCAAAGCAAAACCUGCAGUUCCAACUCAAAUACCCAUUCAGCAAAAAAGACACAGUUAUUCCUAAAUUCAAAUGGCUAGGGAUAGUUGCUUGACUCGUGUCACCGCCGGCGUAGCUGUCGGUGGCGCCGUGGGCGGCGCUGUUGGUGCUGUAUAUGGAACUUAUGAGGCAGUGAGGUAUAAGGUUCCAGGACUUUUAAAAAUCAGGUAUAUUGGACAAACGACAUUAGGAAGUGCUGCCAUAUUCGGUCUUUUCUUGGGUGCCGGGAGCUUAAUACAUUGCGGAAAAUCAUAUUAAGCGACACUUUGCCUCAGUAACUGCAGAAUCACAAUUGGCCUUCUUGCUUAUGAAAUUCUACCGGAAUCCUUGCUUGAACUAUUGUCUGACACUAUCCCAUUUUGCUUUGUGUCUCCGAUGGUGGGAUUGUACUUUAUGCAGUUCAUUUUAGAGUUUAUGGUUCAGAACGUUUUACAACUCGAUGAACUGAGUGCAGUGUAAUAAACAAAUUGAUGUCCAAGAAUUUGUUUAAAAAAAAUAUUACUGGUGUUUGAUUGAAAUGAAUUUUAUAAAAUGUGGUGAAAGUUUUUUGUAA